GGCUGCUUUUGACAGUUCUCAAAGUUUGCGGGUUCGCUUCUGUUUCGGCUGCUCGAAGUUAGAUUAUUUUCGAAAUUUCCUAGUAUUUUGUCAAGUUUUUUCCGUAAAAUGGUGAACAAAACCGAAACAAACGACCGCGAAGGUGGCGACAAGAAACGCAGGAAGACCUCUGUUAACGAGUCAUCGCCGACGAAGAUUUCCCGUGAGGAUUUAUAUGCGAACACAAUCGCUUUCGAGGAACAGGAAGCCGCCAAGCGUCCGCCGGAAACGGAUGCCCAGCUGUUCUACGGAACGUGCGACGAACUGAGGAAGCUAUUCGAUGAAAUAGCCGCCUUGAAGAAGGAUAACUCCGAGGAGGCCAAGGCUGCCAUCGCCGAAAAACGGAUCGAAGGAUCGCUGGCAUUUGUUGCCUUGAAGAAGCUGAACCGAUUGGACAAGGUUCGGAUUCGUGAUGGACGGGAAGCAUUACAUAAGGAAAAACUACGCGUCGAUAGUAACCGGCUGCAGCUGCAGAACUUGCUCUACGAGGCGGACCAUCUGAAGAAGGAGGUUCAGCGGUGCUAUCUGUUCAAGAGCCAGGACGAGGAAAUCGAGCUGGUUCCGGUGGAUGAAUUCUACGAAAAGGCACCGGAAACGAUUUCACGUCCAGAGAAGACCAAGGAAGACGAACAUGCUCGGCGCUUGGCCCGAUUGGAAUGGGAGCUCCAGCAACGAAAGGAACUGGAUGCCCAUUGCAAAGAGCUGCAAGCUUCGAAGGCGAAAAUCGCCGAGGAAAUUGUAUCGAAGACGGAACGGUUGGAUUCGUUGGCUCCACGGUUAAAGGAUUUGCUGGCGGCGACACGGCCUCUGCAGGAAGCACUCGAUAUGCCGAUCGAAAAGGGCUGGGAGAUACAGAAAACGGUUCGUCUGUUGGUGCAACCUCUGUAUAUGCUGUACGCCAAUGUUACGGCCUAUGGAGAAGCUUGUGAUCCGUUGCUAACUACGUCCGUUCAGGGUGACGAGGAAGAAGCCCGGCAGAUUGAAAUAACCGGCAAUCUUGACUGUGAAUCUGAUGACGAUGCGGACAACGAACGUGAAACAAGGGGAAGCUACAAUCGACGCAAGUCCAGCAAACAACAAGAUCCGAUGAGGCAGAAGCGCAAGGCUUUAGUCAAGCCACAUCCGUUGAGCGUCACUAUCACUAUCCGUAGCAAGGAGGGAAAGGAAUCGUUGGCUCUGACGUUCCAAUACGUUCCGAAUACAGGGUUCGUUACGGUAAAGUGCUCGCUAGUCGAUUUUGAAGUGAGCGGAGUGGCGGCAGGCGAUGUCAUGUCACAGGAAAACAUCCUCAAUGAGCUAUUCCCGGAUGACAAUGGCGAAGGUAGCCCAAACCCGAAAACCAAGUUCCAAAUUCAGGAAGUUGGGAUCGGAAUGGAUAAAUUCAUUUCGAUGAUGAAGGAAAAGAAUCUUGGUAAACCCUAUAAAUGGGCUCAGGAACUAUGUGGAAUCGAGUUUGUAGAUUCCGGCGAGAAGUUUUUGUCGGAUAGCGAUAAAUGGCAAAAAUCCAUUCCGACUAUAAUUAAAGCCAUUCGCACCAGAUGGGAGGCACGACUUCGGUUGUACCAACAGGUUCACGAGCUGGAAACUGGCAAUGUAGACAUAACAAUGAACUUGGAGCACAACAAUCCGAUUCGCAUUUCGAGUACCUUGGUUCAGUGGACGGCGCUCUCCUAUGCGGAAUACGUUGCUUCGAAUGUCACCGGUAAAUUCGUGGACCACAUUAACUCGGCCGGAAAUGAUCUCUACUUCCGAGCGAUCAUCACACGUGGCUCAGCAAAGCUGGAGUGUUACAUUUGCAUUCCGUGUGACUUCCCGGAAAGCACGCCACUGUGGUCACUCUCCUUGAACUGGAAUGGGAAACAUUCAGCGGGUGACUGCGCUGCCGUUAGAGACAUGGAAUUUUGGACCAACAGUCUGCAAGCGCCCAAGCAUCCGAAGUCGAUCCUGUCGUUGCAGCUUAAGCGAGCAAUGUCUUGCCUGGACAUCUAUCUGGAAACCGAAGGACCGUCCUACACGCCGGCAGAAUUUACUCAGGACAAAACCUAUCUGAAGCCUUUCCGUGGGCGAGCCCGAUCCCGCCCGUUCCGCAUUGCGUCCAAUGGGAGCAGCUCGGUAUUCACGCAAAUUUGAAUGUGUGUUAUUUUUUUUUCUUGUAAGGCGAUUACUGAAUAAAGCUUAAACUUAAAAGUAAUUCAACAACCUAAA